CAAAAUUAACUCCUUUCUCCCAACGGUCAUGUCGUCUGAACUUAGAUACACUGCAAAUACGCAGCUGGAGCACCUACAUGCGCGUUACACAGGAACUGGUCACGCCGACCUGACAAAAUAUGACUGGAUUACACAUCAGCACAGAGAUACGCUGUCUUCUAUCAUAGGACACCCGCCCUUGCUUUCGUACCUGGCUAUCGCAGAUGGACAAGCUAUUGGCCGAGCUAAAUUUGAGAUGACCGAACGGAUGCUGCAGCCCUGCGGGCCCCCUCCAAAGAAAGAUGAAGAUUGAACUUACUUCUAGUCCUCCUUGCACUGUACCUCAGCUAGGU